UGAAACACUAGCGUGAUUAUUCGAAGGAAGCAGAGCGAAGAAGAUGGCUCCGGUAGAAUGGGCUCCCGUGAAUAUUCCACUAAAAAGGCGUAUUCAAACUCUAGCAGUCAUACUUAUAGUUCAUUCUUUUCUUUUUGGUCAUAUUAUCGGGUGUACUUUUCUGUUUUUCCUACUGAUUAUCCCUUUCACGACGCUUUUUGCUCUGCUCUACCUCGGAUGGACAUACGUAAUUAAUUACAACCAACCAAGUCGCGGAGGCCGUAUAAUUUCCUGGUUUCGCCACAUAAGAAUUUGGAAAUAUUUCUGUGAGUACUUUCCUAUUGAACUGAUAAGAACGCAAGAAUUGGAUCCAAGAGAAAACUAUAUCUUUGGAUCACAUCCGCACGGAAUUAUGAGCCUUGGAACGAUUGGGAACUUCUGUGGUGAAGGCACUGGCUUCUCGGAGAAGUUCCCAGGGAUCACACCUCAUAUUCUUACCCUUGCUGGCAACCUGAGUUUCCCGUUUACUAGGGAUUACUACAUGUCUUUUGGAGUGUGCACCGUCGAGAAAGAAAGCAUAGAACAUAUUUUACAGAAGAUGGGAAAAGGUCACGCUGUUGUCAUAGUAAUCGGUGGUGCUGCCGAAUCCUUAGAAGCUCAUCCUGGAAACUUCAAGCUUACUCUAAAAAAUAGAAAAGGAUUUGUUAGAAUUGCUCUAAGAAAUGGGGCAUCAUUGGUACCAGUGUACUCAUUUGGGGAAAAUGACUUGUAUACUCAAGUAAAUAAUCCUAAUGGAUCCCCUUUACGAAAUUGGCAAACAAAGAUGAAAAACUUUAUGGGAUUUGCACCUCCCAUAUUUCAUGGCCGUGGAAUAUUCCAGUACACUUUUGGUAUUUUACCACAUAGAAAACCCAUUAACACAGUUGUUGGAGCUCCAAUCAAAGUACCCAAAGUCCAAAAUCCCACUGAGGAAGAGAUAAACAAAUUCCAUGCAGAAUAUAUAAAGGGUCUGGAUGAUAUUUUUGAAAAUCACAAGUUAAAAUAUGGUAUCCCUGAAGAUGYCCACCUGGAAAUAUGCUGACAUGGGAUAUUUUAAUAUUKAAUAUUAUGAGAGUGUCAGAUACCGAAGAGCAAAUAUUCAUGCAUCCAGUUAAUUUCAUUUUAAAGGAUGUCACUUACAUUAGUCACUGACUAGAAUUUUUGUUAUUUUAUAAUUAAUUUUGAACUACUUAAAUGAAGAAGUUGAACGUUUGAAUAAAACAAUAGUAGUAGGAGUCACUUAAACUUUUCACGCCAUGAAUAUUGGAUAUUCACCUCGCGUUACUAACUGGCUUGUACUUAUGUAUCUGUUUGCAAACAAUAAAGGCACAUAUAUUGAUUUGUAUAAACAUGA